AUGGAAAUUGACAAUUCUGAUGUGGAUGGAGGAGAAAGGCAAUCUCAAAAUUUGUUGGCUGAAAUUGAUGUGGGUCUAUUCAUAGAGAGUAUUCAGUCCUAUGAAUAUUUAUACAAUAUGACCCACAAGGAUUACAAAAACCUGAAAAAAAAAGAAUUUGGCAUGGUCAGAAAUUGGCCUUAUCAACAAUCUGAAAAAUGUCCAAAGAUGUGGAAGCUUCUUCGUGACCGGUUUGUGAAGGAAAAAAAUAAAUGUACUUCGGGGUCUGGGGCCCCAGAUUCCAGUUGGGUGUAUUUUCAUCACAUGCUAUUUUAUGAAAAAUACACAAGACCCAGAAAAACAUUUACAAGUACCAAACUAAAAACCAUAUCAACUUCGAUGCAGCCCCAGCCAUCCACCUCUACACAGAGCAGUAGUCGAUCAAACUCUGCCUGCUCUGUGUGGUCAACCACUCUAGAAAAUCAUAUAUUCUCUCCAGAGAGUGAAGAGAUGGAGGAUGAAAUACCAGUAUCCAGAGAAGUACCAGUAUCCAGAGAACCUCGAAAGGAACCAGAAAUUGCUAUUGUAAACACCCCUAGCUCAUCAAAUCCUAAAGCUGGAAAAAGAAAGGGAAGGGAAGGAGACGAAUUCUUAAAUGUGGCGAAGAAAAUCUGUGAGACAUUAGAUAUCCAGAGGGCCAAAGGAUCCGAACAAAAGGAUGCUAACAAAACAUUUGCUGAAUAUGCCUACUCGAGGCUGGCUGAAAUGCCAGCAGAUGAAGCAAAAAGAAAAAGGAGAAAAAUGUUAUUAAUUUUAGAGGAUGACGAAUAG